GGGUGAUGGCGGCCCGCGGGGAGAUUCAGCCCCAUACACGGCGCGCAAACCGAGGUUGGGAUGGAAGCGGAGCAAGAUCGAGAAUAUUGGGAGUCCCGCCCAGGGGCAUGGAUGGGCAUAGGUGGGAGAUACGGUCACACAAGACACCCCAUGUCUCGACAUGACGCAGGGAUGUCUGCUCCUCGUCCAUUGCCACCAGCAAAGAUGCAUGCCUGUCGACAACAAUUGAAGCUAAUAACAGAAAUCUCUCCUGCGCAAUCCUUUGAUUCCGAGCCUCUCACUGCAUCUCUACGGCGGGAUUGAAGGGGUCUCUGUGAACUCUAAUGGGCGGUAUCAGCUACCGGCCGUAGCACUGACUGUGUGGGUGCAAGGGAAUGAGCCAGUUCUCUCGCCUCACUUCAUCUGGAUGACGAUGUCGGAUCGAGGAUCAGGGUCGGAGCAAGUUCCUGGCUAGGCUAAGUUUUGGAUUUUAUGAUUUCAACACCUCUCUCAAAGAUCAAGUAUAACUAAGGCAGGCAUUCCAUGUUACUACCUCUUCAUUCUCUCAAACAAACAACAAAAGUAUCUAUCAAGUACAUACAACUCAACACUUUACACAUCGACUCAGCAACCAAGCCUCAUCAUGAAAGCCAAACCUUCAGACCCGGUGGUGACCGUCACUCCAGUGGCAAUGGACUCUGAAAACGAGGCCAUCGCUGUCACCGAAACCACCAUCGACUCUGCAGAUGAGAAGCCCCCGGUUACCAACACCCCAGCGAACUCGGAAGCAGAGAAAUAUUCUUCUGUUCGCGUUGUCCAACUCAUCGCGAACACACCUCCCUCUACACCCAGACCUUUCUUUGUUGAAGGUAGGCCUACCAUUCCACGCACCCGCUACCUCAUUCUCGUCUUUGGUCUGACAUCCGGUCUCUUCCUCUCCAUGCUCGAUGCCUCCAUUGUUGCGACCUCUCUGUUCAGCAUUGCUAGUGAUAUGAAGAAUUUUGAGCAUAUAAACUGGGUGGCCUUGGCCUAUGGUCUCACUUAUCUCGGUUUCGCUGCACUUGUUGCCCGCGUGUCCGAUGUGGUUGGCCGUGGAGAUGCUUUCGUCGUUGCAUUUUGUAUCUUCAUUGCAUUCUCUCUUGGCUGUGGUUUCAGCGAGACUAUUGAGCACCUUAUUAUUUGUCGUGCUUUCCAAGGAGUAGGCGCCGGAGGACUUUACAGUAUCAGCAUGAUCGUCUUGCCCGAGCUGACUCCGGACAAGAACAAGAAGUACAUUGGUGCCUUUGUCGGCCUGGUGAUUGCCACUUCAGGUGUGAUGGGGCCUGUCAUGGGUGGGGUUUUGACUCAAUAUAUCACUUGGAGAUGGCUCUUUUGGAUCAACGGCCCUAUUGGUGCUGUGGCUCUCAUGCUGUUUAUUCCGGCUUGGCCCGCCGAGGAAUAUCUGCCCAUUUAUGAGGACCGGUCCUGGAAGGAGCUGGACUAUCUUGGGUCUUUCCUUCUUAUGGCCUUCGCAGUCCUGGUUGUUUUUCCCUUCCAGAACCUAUCAAGUCAAAAGUCAGAGGGCGACUUGUCCAACAUGAAUCCAUACGCCCAGCCAACAUUCAUCUACCCCCUCGUCGGCGCCGCCCUUGCUCUCUUGCUGCUCAUCGGCUGGCAAACAUUUGCUAUCCGUGGCCCUCGGAAACUCAAGUCCCUCGCCUUUGCCUUCCCCCCUUCCCUUUGCAACCGAAAGUACAUCGCCACAAUUUUGGUCACAGCCCUAACCGGCUUCCUUUACCUCUUGUCCGUGUACGCAUUUCCCAUCCGCUUCCAAGUCGUCCACGGGAAAUCAUCCCUCGAAGCAGGCCUCAUGCUCCUCCCUAUGCUAGCCUCCUCGGCCAUCGGAACUGUCACAGCCAGUCUAUUCAACAACGGGUGCAUAACAGGGCAGAAGAAACCUCGCUUUUUUGAGACGUUUCUCCUCGCCUGUCUGACUAUGCUCAUCGGCUGCGCCGUCCAGACAACACUGGGUGACACCGAUGACGGGAGCAUCACCGGGUUCGACGCCAAAGAUGUCGGGUUGAUGUCCCUCAUUGGCUUUGGGUUUGGUAUGUCGGCCUGCGGAGCGACAAUGUUUAUCAACCUCGAAAGUCCCAUCGGAGAUCACGCAUCCGCCCAAGGCAUCAUAACCCAAUUCCGCAUCCUAGGCGGCUCAAUCGGCAUUGCUGUCUCUUCCGCCAUCUUGGGGGGGAAACACCGUCCUUCAACAACCCCCGAAAUGAGCUCUCUCGUCCUGGCUCACAUUGUCAGCCCAACGCCAGACUUUGGCGAUGAUGACUGGGCCGCUAUUCGCAAGGUGUAUACCUCUGCGUUGAGGGAGGACAUGAAAGUCUGCUGCGGGGUGUUGGCUGCGGCGGUGGUGUGCAGUCUGUUUGUUUACCGCCGGUACGGGCUCACGACGGGGGAGAUUAUGGAGUUGAGGUAUGAGGAGGAGCAGGAUAGGAGGAUUGGGCUUUUGAGGGAGGAUGUGGAGCCUCAUGUAAGGGUGGUGAGGGAUAAGUUGGUCAAGAUUGGGGAGGAGAUCUUUGAGGGGAAGCGGAGGCCUUUUCCCGGGAUUAAGCGUGGGAGGACGAGGUUUGGGGAGGAGAUUGAGGGAGUUUAGGGAAAAGCAACGGGGCCGAUGGAGGGUGAAGGGUAGCGGUGGGAGUUGGAGUGAUGGUCGAAAGAGUGGGUGGAUGGGUGGAUGGGUGGAAGAGAUGAAAAGGGUUUUUUGUGUUGAGAGGACGGUGGUUCCCGAUCAUCGGUGAGGACAUCGAUCUUGAUGACAUUCUUUUGGGUCUUUUCUUCUUCUUUCUUUUCUCUGGUAAAUUCUUGCAAAUUGGAUAUUCAAGACUGUCAA